AUAUAGUGAAUGCAGGGUCCGGGGAGACCGGAUAUAGUGAAUGCAGGGUCUGGGGAGAGCGGAUAUAGUGAAUGCAGGGUCCUGGGAGACAGUAUAUAGUGAAUGCAGGGUCUGGGGAGAGCGGAUAUAGUGAAUGCAGGGGUCCGGGGAGAACAGAUAUAGUGAAUGCAGGGUCCGGGGAGACCAGAUAUAGUGAAUGCAGGGUCCGGGGAGACCAGAUAUAGUGAAUGCAGGGUCCUGGGAGACCGGAUAUAGUGAAUGCAGGGUCCGGGGAGAGCGGAUAUAGUGAAUGCAGGGUCCGGGGAGAACA